AUGUAUUUGAGUGUUCAGCUUCGUCGACUAUUGGGAGAGUUGAACAGUGUUUGCAAUAACACCAGGAUUUUGCAAAUGUCAAAUGUGGGAAGCCUUGAGAAAUCAAAUAAGUUUACGGCUGCUCUUCGAAACUAUCUGGAAUUUGAUAACUACAAUCCGUUCGAAUAUUGUCCACUAUCAGCAGUAGAUAAUCAAGGAAACACAGUAGGACUGAAGUGUUUGAAAACUCCGGCUGAGAAAUUAGAUCUGAAGAUGCUUGACCGGAUGCAAGGUGCACAAUGUUCAAAUGAUGGCGAUGCACAGGAAAGGAAGAAACGGUCAGCAUCAACAACAAACAACUGCUGA